AACCUUAUUUCUGUAUCCUGUCCUAUCGCUCCUGUACACCCUCUGGACCCACCGAAGAGGCGAUGUUUCUGGCAUUUUGCUUCAGCUCGGUAGGACGACCUGAGGAUGUACUUUUCCGAUUUCCCGUGGAAUGAUUACUGCUUCCAGGAUAGAGACCCCUCUGUGUGUGCCCAGCACAUCACAGAAGUGAUUGUUUCUGGAAUGGAGGCAUACAUUCCACGUACUUUCUCUACUCCUCAUGCUAAAAAGCCUUGGUUUAAUCACGCUUGUUCUCGUGCUGUCAAAGAUAGAGAGGCAGCUCACAAAAGAUACCAGAGCCUUAGAACUCCCGCUAACCAUGAUCUUUACAUUUGUGCUCGGAAUCGUGCCAAAUAUAUUCUCCGACUUACCAAAAACCCCUUCAUUGAUAGAAAAUGCCCAAACCUUGCUUUUUCUAAUUCUACCCGUGACUUCUGGCAUCUAGCCAUAAACAUAUCCUCCAACUUCACUUCUUCAUCUUUCCCUCCUCUCCUUAGUCCUGACGGCAGCACCACCGCCUCAUCUAUCUCUAAGGCUGAACUCUUCUCUCAAAUUUUCUCUAAAAACUCCACUCUGGAUGAUUCUGGGCAUAUUCCUCCAACUCAUCCCCCCUCUGACUAUUUUAUGCCUGUUAUUAAGAUUCUUAAGAAUGAUGUUUUCUAUGCCCUCUCUGGCCUCAAUCCUCAGAAGGCUUAUGGACCUGAUGGAGUGCUUCCUAUUGUCCUUAAAAACUGUGCUUCCGUGCUGACAUCCUGCCUGGUCAAACUCUUUCGCCUCUGCCUGUCAACAUCUACCUUUCCUUCCUGCUGGAAGUAUGCCUUCAUACAGCCUGUGCCUAAGAAGGGUGACCGUUCCAAUCCCUCAAACUACCGUCCUAUAGCUUUGCUUUCUUGUCUAUCUAAAGCUUUUGAAUCAAUCCUUAACCGGAAGAUUCAAAAGUAUCUUUCCACUCCUGAUCUUCUAUCUGAUCGCCAGGAGAGUGGGGCACGUUGAACAUAGGGGCACAUUGAACCAUUGGAUUUUUCAGGAAUAGUUUGUCUCCCAAUCAGCAGAUGUCUCUUGUGUACAACGCUCUUCAGAAGCUCCACUCAAGCACCAGUUGAGUGGCAGCCUUCAUUGAGGGAGGACGUGCUGGUUUUUUUUUUUUUAAUAUUUGACCUACUUUGUUCAUCUGUUGAGGAAAUGGUGCGAAAGUAUCUUGCAAAAACUGAUCGAGGAAGAGCCGAUGGGAACUUAAUGGAGAGAGCUGUUGACGAAGUUGUCAAAGGAAAGUCCAUCAGGGAAGUUAGUCGUUUGCUGGAUGUAAACCGGAUUACAUUGUCAAGAUAUGUUAAGAAAUUCCAAGCAGGGCAAGCUGAAAAAACAAAAGACUAUGCUCCUAACUACAAUACCAGACAGGUUGGUUGACUGCCUUAUACAUGUUAACUGAAUUUAUUAUAAAUGCAUGCUAGAAAUGGAACAGAUAUUAUAUUUUCAUUGACAA